AUGUUGAGAGUGCCGUGCACCAGCCGGGCUCACAGGGUCAGGGGUGUGGAGGUGGGUGGGCCCGUGGCUCCACAUCCCACCUCCUGCUCGUUCUCCUGCUCUGUUCUCUGUGACGCCUCCAACGCCAGUUUCCCAAAAUCAUCUGGACACAAGCUGGGGUCUGUGCUCCAACGUGCCUUCUACGGGUCCAGUGGGAGGGUGACCCUUUUCGAGCAGCGGAACUUCGCCGGCAGACGGCUGGAACUGAGUUCUGACUGCCCCAGGCUCAGUGACAAGAACUUCCCAGAGAGAUGCAACUCUGUGCAGGUUGAGAGCGGAGCAUGGAUCGGUUACGAGCAUGAGAACUUCCGGGGUCGCCAGUACCUGUGGGACAUGUCCGACCGCGGAGAGUACAACUGCUACGACAAGUGGUGUGCUCAGGUGGACCACAUCGCCUCUGUCCGCGCUGUCAAACAGGACAAUAACCCUGGCAAAGCGCAGCUGUUUGAGCGAGCUGGCUACUCCGGUAAGAAGAUGGAGAUCCAGGACGACAUCCCUAACCUGAUGAGCCGUUACAGCCUCAACAGAGUCGCCUCCAUCCGCGUUCUCGGGGGAGCGUGGGUGGUUUAUCAGGAACCAAACUACAGAGGACCUCACUACGUCCUGGAGAAGCGUGAUUACAAUAACUUCUCUGACUGGGGCAGCCAGAACAGCACCGUGGGCUCCAUGCGCAGAGUCCGCUUCAACUAGACACCAACUCAACCUCCGAUCUACAAACUCCUGUCAGCACAACUUCCUUCCUUCAACGUCACACUCAUGAAACCUGUCAGCUUUACACACAAAACCUAUUUUAGUAAUAAACUGUUAAAAAAGA